CGCAGGUGGUGGUGGUAUCCUCAACGUCGAUUCAUCAGUGGUCAUCUACAGGGGUACACUCGUCACCAUGUCCGAAGCUGCUACACCCAAGAAGGAGAAGAAGGACAAGAAACGAAAGUCUGAAGCCGCUGAGAUUACGCCUGUAGCUCCUCCAGCAGAAAGUGCCAGUGCCGAAGCGUUGGAGAUGCAAGUGGAUGGUGAAAAGGCUUUGAAGAAGGCUAAAAAGGAGAAAAAGGAGAAGAGGAAGAGCGUAGGAGGAGCAGCUGGAGAAGGUGGAGAGGAUGGCGAGGGAGGAGAUGAGAAGAAGUCCGAGUUCCAUGUCCCUCUCGAUGCUAUAUCACCCAUCGCUUCCCCCUUGGCCAAUAAGAAGCUCUCCAAAAAGCUGUUCCGGACCGUCAAGCGAUCUUCCAAACUCCGUCAACUUCGUCGAGGAGUCAAAGAGGUAGUCAAAGCCUUACGGAAAGGCGAUCAGGGUCUCUUGCUCCUGGCUUCCAAUAUCACUCCGGUCGACGUCGUCUCUCAUUUACCGUUGAUGGCGGAGGAAGCUAAAGGUGUAGAGUAUUGUUGGGUUCUGAGCAAGGAAGAGCUCGGCGCAGCCAGCGGAACGAAGCGAGCCACGUCUGUCGUAUUGAUAUCAUCGAUUCAGCAAAAGCGCACGCCGAAAGAAGGAGGAAAGCCAGCUCCGUCCGCAGAGGAUAUUGCAGAAUGGAAGUCAGGUCUCGACGAGUGUCUGGCAGAGGUCAAAAAGCUCGACUUCUCAGCGGGCAUCAAGUACUAAGGUGGUGUACUAGGGAUAUUUGAUGUAUUGCAUGAGACUUUGCCCAAAA